AUGUGGGAGGAAAUUAAACAUGAUGAAAAGGACCCUAGGAAAAAGGACUUCAAGAAGCUGGAAACCAAGACUGAUUAUACAACCAAACAGCCUAAUCUAUCAAAGCAUGCUUCUAAAAUAGAGAGCAAGAAUGAGAACAAGACUUUGAAUAAAAUAGGGACCUUAAAGGGUCCUAAGGAAUUCGCUACUGGCAAGAAUGAGAAAGGAGAGCGAAUUUGCUUCACUUGUGGUAGCACCGAGCACCUCGCUAACUACUAUAAGAAGGACGAUAAGGGAGACACUGAGAAGAAGAAACCGAGUGUUCGUAUUGUCAAAACAGCCAGCCGAAAGAAAGGUCAUGAGCGAAUGGCUGAGCAGACAUGGGACCUUUCAGACUCGUCGGAAAACGAGAGAGCCACAAAUGCGUACAGGGGAUUACCUAUGCGCUAUGGCCACUAUGAGUACUUGGUGAUGCCGUUUGGGCUGACAAAUGCACCAGCGGCAUUCCAAGGUUACAUCAACCAGGCCCUGAGAGGGUUGGUUGACGACUUUUGCAUUAUAUAUCUAGACGAUAUCCUAAUCUUCUCCAAAACGAAGGAAGAGCAUACAGAGCAUUUGAGACUUGGAGUCAAGAUGGACCCAGAAAGAGUCCAAACGAUUAGCGAGUGGAAGGAACAUCCACUAGGGUCGUACCAGGAUGUUCAAGUGUUCCUUGGGUUCUAUAACUUCUACAGAAGGUUUAUCCAAGGGUAUUUGUGCAUCGCUAGGCCACUUACAAGCCUAAUGAAGGGCAGUAAGGACGACCUUCCAACGCAGUUAGAGACUGAUACAUCCAAACAGUUCAAGGGUCCAGAACUGAACUAUAGGACACCAGACCAAGAAAUGCUAAGACACUACCUAGAGGGUAGGUUGUUGAUAACGCUAGGGGCAAAGAUUGCUCGCGUACAACAAAUCUACACAAGCUAUCGUUGGAGGGUGAUGCAAUCCCACGAUGAUGGAAAUCCUCAAGGAAGUGAGGAAGAGAAGACCUACAAGGUUGGCAAGGAGUCAACGCAGGCAAGUGAAAAGCCACAAGAUGUGGUCACCUGUGUAUACAAUAGUGAGUUAGGACAACAGGUGCAAGGCCGGGCUUGUGAAUACGAUAUGCGUCCAGGCCUGUUGGGACCCUCUGUGACACCCCAGGGAGAUAGGGUUGAGGCUGAUCACCUCAUUCGGUGUAUGUUGACUCAGAAGGUCACACGCCAAAGGGCUCAGCAGGCAGUCCUGAAUGAAGCACCACGGCAGGAACCCUUAGAGGGCCUGCGGCAGUUGGUAGCAGCUGCCCAGAAGGAGGAUCCCUUCUGUAUGCGGGUAGAUAAGGACCUCAGCAAAGGAGACUCUACAAGACUGCAAUAUGGCCAUACAAGUGAUGGAGUGUUGCUGUACAAGGGCCGGAUAUUGGUCCCUAACCAAAGGAGUCUAGUGCAUAAGAUCCUAAGGUUAUACCAUGAUGAACCAUCUGCUAGGCAUUGGGGAAUCCAAAAGAUAUUGGAACUCUUACAGUGGAAGUUCAAAUGGGAGGGCAUAAGACAAGACGUCGAGGAAUACAUACAGACGUGUCUAGUCUAUCAAGGAAAUGCCACUCCAAGACAUAAACCCUAUGGGCAAUUGGAUCCCUUGCCACAGCUAAGCAGGCCAUGGAAGGAGAUAUCAAUGGAUUUCAUUACCUAG